CUCCCUGUCCACGACCACCACCCGGAGGUCACGUUUGGCUCUUUCACCAUGCCUGGGUCACUUCCUUUGAAUGCAGAAGCCUGCUGGCCAAAAGAUGUGGGAAUUGUUGCCCUUGAGAUCUAUUUUCCUUCUCAAUAUGUUGAUCAAGCAGAGUUGGAAAAGUAUGAUGGUGUAGAUGCUGGAAAGUAUACUAUUGGCUUGGGCCAGGCCAGAAUGGGCUUCUGUACCGAUAGAGAAGAUAUCAACUCUCUCUGCAUGACUGUGGUUCAGAAUCUUAUGGAGAGAAAUAGCCUUUCGUAUGAUUGCAUUGGGCGUUUAGAAGUUGGAACGGAGACAAUCAUCGACAAAUCGAAGUCCGUGAAGACUAAUUUGAUGCAGCUGUUUGAGGAGUCUGGGAACACAGAUAUAGAAGGAAUAGAUACAACUAAUGCAUGCUAUGGAGGCACGGCUGCUGUCUUUAAUGCUGUUAACUGGAUUGAGUCCAGCUCUUGGGAUGGACGGUAUGCCCUGGUGGUUGCAGGAGAUAUCGCUGUCUAUGCCACAGGAAAUGCUAGACCUACAGGGGGAGUUGGAGCUGUUGCUCUGCUCAUUGGGCCAAAUGCUCCUUUAAUUUUUGAGCGAGGACUUCGUGGGACACAUAUGCAACAUGCCUAUGACUUUUACAAGCCCGAUAUGCUUUCUGAAUAUCCUAUAGUAGAUGGAAAACUCUCCAUACAGUGCUACCUCGGUGCAUUAGACCGCUGCUAUGCUGUCUACCGCAAAAAGAUCCGCGCGCAGUGGCAGAAAGAGGGAAAUGAUAGAGAUUUUACCUUGAAUGAUUUUGGUUUCAUGAUCUUCCACUCACCCUACUGUAAGCUGGUUCAGAAAUCUCUAGCUCGGAUGUUGCUGAAUGACUUCCUUAAUGACCAGAACAGAGAUAAAAACAGUACCUAUAGUGGCCUGGAAGCCUUUGGGGAUGUUAAAUUAGAAGAUACCUACUUUGAUAGAGAUGUGGAAAAGGCAUUUAUGAAGGCUAGUUCUGAACUCUUUAAUCAGAAAACAAAGGCAUCUUUGCUUGUGUCAAAUCAAAAUGGAAAUAUGUACACAUCAUCAGUGUAUGGCUCCCUUGCUUCUGUUCUGGCACAGUACACGCCUCAGCAGCUUGCAGGAAAGAGGAUCGGUGUGUUCUCUUACGGUUCUGGCCUGGCUGCCACCAUGUAUUCCCUUAAAGUUACACAAGAUGCCACACCAGGGUCUGCUCUUGAUAAAAUAACAGCAAGUUUAUGUGAUCUUAAAUCAAGACUUGACUCAAGAACUUGUGUGGCACCAGAUGUCUUUGCUGAAAACAUGAAGCUCAGAGAGGACACUCAUCACUUGGUCAACUAUAUUCCCCAGAGUUCAGUAGAUUCACUCUUUGAAGGAACAUGGUACUUGGUCAGAGUGGAUGAGAAGCACAGGAGGACCUAUGCCCGGCGCCCCUCUCCCAGUGACGACACCCUGGGGGAAGGAGUGGGACUUGUGCAUUCAAGUACAGCCACUGAGCACAUUCCAAGUCCUGCUAAGAAAGUGCCAAGGCUCCCUGCAACAGCGGCAGAACCCGAAGCGGCUGUCAUUAGUAACGGGGAGCAUUAA